UUAUAAGCUGUUCCAUUCUUCGCCCCCGCAGAGUGGAAUCGGAAGUUUGGAAGGCUUCGGCCAUUUUUGGGGUUGACAAUUAAAGUGAAUUAGAAAAAGGAGUAUAAUCGCAGGUUAAUUCCACAAGUUGCAAGAUUUUUUAACAAGGAAGUCAAGAAGAUAAAAUCUUAUUUCCCAUUCAGUGUGUCCAUAUUAUAAACUGUCAUCAUGUCGAACAUGCCACCAUUGCGUCGUACUUUAAAAAAUGUGGUUAAAAACUAUUCAGAGGCACAAGUCAAAGUUAGGGAAGCCACAUCUAAUGAUCCAUGGGGACCUUCUAGUACUUUAAUGGGAGAAAUUGCUGAUUUGACCUAUAAUGUGGUGGCGUUCACAGAAAUAAUGCAAAUGAUCUGGAAGAGACUAAAUGACCACGGUAAAAACUGGCGGCAUGUGUACAAGUCCUUGGUAGUCUUAGACUACAUCAUAAAAACUGGAAGUGAAAAAGUGGCCCAGCAGUGUAAAGAAAACAUCUAUGCCAUUCAGACUUUGAGGGAUUUUCAACAUCGAGAGGACAACAAAGAUCAGGGAAUGAAUGUGAGAGAGAAAGCCAAACAAUUGGUCGCAUUGUUGAAGGAUGAUGAACGAUUGCGCAAUGAAAGAGCAAAAGCAUUGAAGGCCAAAGAAAGAUUUGCACAGAAUGCAAUGGGAAUAGGAAGCAAUGACAAGGUUCGUUAUGGAGCGGGCAGCCCCAGUUUACAGACUAGCUCUGGAGGGUACUCAGAUCCAUAUGGUGGUGCUGGAACUACAACUAAUGGUGGUGAUUCACCAACAAGAGUGCGUAGGCAUUCUAAAGAUGUCGAGUACGCUCGGCCAUCGUCCGUAGGUGAGGAGGAAAUUCAGCUGCAGUUGGCUUUAGCCAUGAGUAAAGAGGAACAUGAAGAAUCAGUGAAGAAACAGAAAUCAGAUGACAUCAAGCUUCAGUUGGCCAUAGAAGAAAGCAGGAAACAGGCUGAGGACGAGGAGAGAAGAAAAGUGGCCAAAGCUCCAUCUGGUGGAUUAUUGGACUUGGAUUCACCUAGGUCCAAGCAGUCAGACCCUUGGGGAGCCCCACAGCCAACUGCAGCUCCCACAGACCCAUGGGGUGCCCCUCUCCCAGCACCACCAGGGCAGAAGCACCACCACCAAGCUCCUGCCCCUGUGGUGUCUCCCCCUACCUCAGAUCCCUGGGGAUCACCAGCUAAACCAGUGGUCUCCACACAGAGUGAUCCAUGGGGAAUGCCGAUGCCUUCAAAUCAAAGUCCCCCUCCGACAAACCCAGCUCCGGCAGCUGUUGAUCCCUGGGGUGCCCCUGUUCCUUCAUCGGGGACCUCAGGCGGUUCUCCAUGGGGAGGGUCCCCUGUCCCUGCUCAGCAGUCCCCCUUUGGUGGAUUUGAUACAGGGGCCAGUUCUAUGACAAACGGUGGCAGUAAGGAUCCAGUAGAGGACGACUUUGAUUUGUUAAGUUCUCGCAGCCAUGCAGAAUCUCCAGCUAAGGCCCCAGUCACAGACAACUUUGAUCUGCUUGGAAACACCAGUUCAGCAGAUCCGUGGAGUAUGGGUAACAUGGAACAAAGUCUACCCACAGAACAACAGCAACAACAAAAACACAGAAAAACACCACAGGAUUUCCUAGGAGAAAAUGCUAAUUUAGUGAACUUAGAUCAACUUGUAACUAAAGAUGAAUCAGCAGAAAAAAAUCCAUUUGCCAGUGGAGGAUCAAAUCCUUUUGAACUUCAACAACAACAACAGAAUCCCCAAAGAAUGACAUUAAAUCAGCUGCAAUCCUCGGCCUACAGUACAGGGUUCAGUCAGCCCAGCUCCAGUGGACUUUUACCCCAGCCCCUGCUCCCCAUGGCGGGAAUGUCCCAGCAACCCCAACAGGGAUACAACCCAUUCUUAUGAGAGAAAGAGUGAGACU